AUGGGCAGCCGACCCCGCAGCCCCAGCGCCUGCCCUGCGCCCUGGUGGGGACCGCAGUCGGGAGGACCCGACCCUGCCAAGCGCCGCCGACUGGAUGAGCCCGCGGGCCUCGAACCCCUCGCGGCGCCCAGCCUAGCAGACCCGGCGGGGGCCCCGGCCGCGGACGCGCUCACCUUCGUGAUGGUCCUGGCCGCGGGCAGUUCCCUGAAGGUGUCCCUGAACGACGACAACCUGGUGCUGGUGCCCGCGCCCACGUCGAUCAUGCGAGUGUCUCUCGGUGGACACACCCUCUUCCUGAUCCCCGAGGUCCUCCUAAGCUCCGUCGACGAACGCUCAGGAGCGCAGGGCGACUUGUCUGCCUUCCUAGUAGCGGAUGUUUUCCUGGGCGCUCUCAGGGAGGACGUCGUCGUCGAGCAGGAAUUCUGCGCGUCUGUCCCAGAGGUCGCCGCCCAGGAGGAGGUCUACGAGGAGGACGCGGACCCCGAGUUCCUGGAGCUCUGGAUGGACUCCCCAGCCGGCUCGGCCGCUGGGCCCUAUCCCUCCGCUAGAAGUAUGUGCGGCCCCUACCCGGAGGGCCUCAUCCCAGAGCCCUGUGCUCUGGCCCCCAACCCCAGUUCAGAGAGACGCCCUCCACGCCCCAUCUGCGACCAGGAAUUCCGCUUUCUGGAGCCUGUUCCCAGCUCACCUCUCCAAUCUCUACCGCCCUCUCCGAGUCCAGGUCCCCACGCGCGCCCGGAGCUCCCAGAGCGCCCUCCGUGCAAGGCCCGGAGACGACUGUUUCAGGAAUGAACUGCCUCCCACAAUCCCUUGCCACCCUGCUAGGGUCCAGGCAACUGUCUCCUGAUAGCCGUAGUAUGUGUGUGGCGCAACCUACAAGGAUCUCCAAGAAUGAAUAACAGAUAGAUGUUUUUUGAUACAGGCUGGAUUGCAGAAUUUUGGAUCAGUGGCUGAUUUAGAAUGUCUGGGGAAAAAAGAUCCACCUCAGCAUAAAAAUAUGCUAGUUGGAAUACA